AUUAGCAGUAAUAAAUGGCGGUAAAUGGCAAGUGUUGUCGAGAACGUUGAGUGUGGUGAGUUUAACCAAAAAUUUGAACGAAUUUGCAGACAAUUAUGCUGAAUAAGAGAAUUCUUAAGAUGUGUCAACACCCAUUUCACAUAUCAUCUGUGAUAAAGUUUUGUAACUUGUUACCAGCUUCCCAGCAGAUUCGCCAAAAACGAACUCAUGAGAUAAAUAGUGGCCAGUUGAAACUUUUAAUGGAAGUCUUUGGUUGUUCAUAUCAACAGGCUUCCAGUAUUUCAUUCAGACACACGGCGAUAAGAACCCUGGAUCAGAAUCACAUACGAAAAGUAGCAGAUGUAUUGCAUAGAUUUGGAAUAGACAAAGGAGACAUAGCAGAACACCCAGAAAUUCUAACAAUUUUCCCAACAACAAUAGAGAAUCGCGCCAUGUUGCUACAAGAAGGUGGUUUUUCUGCUAUAACUGCAAAUAUUAUUGUUAGGUACAUCACCAUUACUCGAAAGCCUCUUCGUUUACUAAAGGCCUACCAAUAUAUUCCUUCUCAAUUUGAUAUACCUCAAAGUUUUCUCUCUUAUUUGAAUGAACCUCCUCCUCCGUUUAAUCCUAUCUCUGGAGAUGCAUUGGAUGACAAAUCAUUUGUGGAUAUACAGGUGGCUGUACUGCGACACUACCUUUGUUGGAGACUUGAAAUGCAGUCAGCUGAAUUGGAUGUAUUAAUGAAAACGUAUAGUCGAUUAAAGAAUAGGAGUUUUAGACUUGUGGAGGAAUCUUUGAAAAUAUUAGAAGAGAAAAUUGGAUUCAGUAAGGAGAAGAUCCGAAGGCAUGGAUAUCUUAUGCACACCCAUCCGGGCAAUACAUUGGACACCCUCAACCGUAUUAAAACCAUUGGUGGUGAGAGUAUCAUCACUGUUUUUCACAGGUAUCCGAAAGUCAUCGCUUCUGCAACAGAUACGUUGAUUAAAACUGCACAGUAUUUACAUGAUUUUGGUAUCCCAGAUGCAGCAAUACAGAAAUGUCCAGAGCUGUUUACGCUGGGCAGUGAUACUGUGUUCCAGCGGUUGACAGUACUUCAAUCUGUACCAGAAUUCAGUGGUCUAGCAAAGAAUCCUCGAGUCCUGCGGCUGGUACAUUAUCAACGCAAAGCUUACUCUCGACUCAGUUUUCUCCAACAGCUGAAAAUGAAAUGUGCCAGUUUGCAUAUUUUGUCAUCACCACAAGCACAUUUUGACAGAUAUGUUCGUGAAGGAAGUGAUCGGACGAGAGGUGUUGAUAUGACAAAGUUUCUUUCACUUGAACUUGAUGCCAGUGAGGUCAAAAUCAGAAAAUUAUUGGCCAGGCACCCUUACUGGUGCCAUGUACCGCUGGUGACUGUGAGAGACACUCUUGACUUCCUGCUGAACAGAGGUUUCACAAAAUGCCACAUCUUGUUUAAUAUUCAUGCUCUUCUUUACUCAAGAAAUCAGUUGAAAAAAGAACUGGAUAGCCUGUCUUCAUGCUGUGAAUUAAAUAUGUGUUUCCCAGCCCUUAAAGAGACUGCCACUGUUGAAGCAGAACAUCAGAGGAAAAUAGAUUACCUACCGCCCGAGCGGCGUUUGGCUUUGUGUUUAUAUUUUAUUGAGCGUAAUUUUUACUUCACUGGUGAUGGCAUUUGGGCUGACAGUAUUGUUUCUGGUCUUGCGCCUGCAUCUGACACAUGAAACCUUUAGUGUCAUUCUUAUUGUUUUCUGGCAAGUCCUUAUUGAUUGCCUACUAGACACAGGACUGCUAUUAUAUUCGAAUGGUCCAUUGUUUCAGGUACAGGUAUAUUUAACAUUUACAGUAUGUCCUUUGUGUUAUUGCAGUGGCAGAUGUGCUCAGUCAAGUUGGUUAACACUGCAACCUGUAAAGAAGAGUAUUACUCGUAAUACCAUUUCCUCCCAGAUGAAAUAUGGCUGCCAGCCCAUUAGUACUGGGAUGUUUAAAAGUCCCUCAUCUUGUACUAUUAUAGUUAAUGUAGAGAAUUGUUUACACUGCAAUAAAAAUGUAUAUAAUAAAUUUGUCUUAGACAAUGGAUGUAAUGUAAUUAAUCUCAACUUUAGAGAACCACUGUGACAAGAUUAUUUGGAGAGGAUAUUUUUUGUGUGUUUUCAUGCAAGCCAUCAUAUCACAAUGUUAUGACCGUAUAUAGAAAAUAUUCAUGACACUUUUAAAGUGAGAAUCUUUUCAGGUUUUUAAUCAAUGUUUUUCAUAUCAAUGCUCAAAGAGACAACCACAUAAAACUAUAACAAAUAUUUAUUGCCGUUAGAAUGAAUAUUACAUGUGAUCAAGGAGGCAGAGCAUGCCUGUUGAAUACCGGUGAAAACUCCCGUCAUAAUGGACCAGCCUGAGCUAGUGACAGAGUUGAUAUUGUUGACCUUGAAAAAGGCAGUUUGUGGAAUAUCGGGCAAAGCUUUUGUCGCAGUGGGGUAGGCAGCUCUAGUGUCAGCAUCUUCCUUGCAGCAGCCUGUUGAUUGCGAGCUGGCAGAAUGCCAGGCGAAGCUCUUGGAGUAGUGGGCUAGCAAGUACUAGUGGCGUUGAGGCCAGCUGGCCUGAUGAGCACUGGUGAUUGCUGGCGGAGUUGGCUGUCGUGCUGCUACUAGUAGACUCGCUGUUGUAGUGUUCUUUUGAUGCUAGCAUGCGGGUGUUCCACCUUUUUAUAUUCUUGUCACUGGGCAGUGAUGGUGUCCAAUGGGCAUUAGAGCUUCCAUGGUGAGCACUGAUUGGGUAUCACUUGCUUCACUGUGCGAGGUCCCCACAUCACCCGCUCAUGGAGGUGGUUACUCAGAUGUUGAAGUGAGGGGGGAAAUGGAUGCGGUGACUGGGGUGCGUAGUUCUUGUGGUGGACUGUGGCAGCAUGGCAGAUGGUGCUACAGCCAGGGUUGCAUUGACUGACGGGUUGAAGGUGUUCCUAUGGUAAGGCCCUUUGAGGAUGUGUGCCAGCUUGACCCUGUUGGUUGACACCGUGAUGGGCCUCCAGCGCAUGAGGAGUUACAGUGUCUAUUCUCGCCAUGACGAUCUGGUAGGGACUGCUGUAGGGGGUUCCAGAGCCUGGCACAUUGUGUUCUGAUGAAGGAAGACAUGGGUGCAUUUCUUGAGGUCGCUGUGCAGGAAUGCUGCUGGAACUGAUCUGAGGGGGCCAUGUGCUGGUGGAACGUGGUCAUGAGAUGCCCUGGGUCAAAUGGGUCAACAGUUCGAAGCCAGACGAAGCUGUCAUCACAGCAAGGUAGCCAGUGCUAGUGUCGGCGUUCUUCCUUGCAUCAGCCUGGUGAUUGCAAGCCGGCAGGAUGCCACACCUCCCCAGCUACAUUCAUGCACAGUGACCUCGAGAAGGACCCCCACAUUUUCCUCUAUCAGGACACAACAUGUCAGGCUUUGGAGCCCCCUACCAGAUCUGUCAUGGAGUGAGAAGACACUUUUAACAAACAAGGAUAAGCUGGGCUACAUCCUCAAUGGGACUGACCAUGGGAACAACACCUUCAUGGAGCUGCUUUGGUGAGCACUGAUUAGUAUCGCUUGUGUCACUGUGAGAGGCUCCCACAUAUGUAUUUUACUAAUUGAUGGUCUGUUUAAUGAAGCUGUGAAAUGCUCAGAUUAUAUGGAGUGCACAUGCAAGGUGACUUUCUCAGUUCAAGAUGAGAUCAAGAAGAUAAUUUGAAAAAAUCUUCAAGAAUGAGAAUUUUCUUCACCAAGCUAUUUUUUUUUUUCAGUAAUCGCAAUUUAUGAGAUAUGCCACUUUUUCAUGAUGUACUGUGUAUUACUACUUGGCCCUUCUGAUAUCAGUUCCUUUUCCCAUAGCAGUUUUCAUAAAUCAUUGUAUUUGAUAAAAAUUAGAAAUUUGAAAUUGAUAGUGAACUGAAAUCUGAUAUCCUGAAUUUACUGUGCAGGCAAGAUAUCUUUUAUGCUGCUAACGUUAUUAAUUUGCUAGAACAACGGAAAAUAUAUUCUCUCUCUCUCUUUAUAUAUAUAUAAAAUGCAGAUGCGCCCUGAAACACCCCCAUAGUUUUGUAGGUGGGUGUAAAUAUUUUGGAGGAACCUGCUGUCUUCAUCUUCAGAUUAGGAGAGGGUGCCUUUAAGACUGCAGCAUCAGGUUCUUUUGAAAUUUGGUACCCCUGUACCAUCUAUGUGACAUUACAUCCCAGAAGGUGGUAAUCUUGAUAGAUAUUCUUUAUUCUAGAAAUGGGAUGUGCCAGAAAAGGAGCUGAAAAAUCACUUGUUUGUACAGUAUUUCUUUGUUUAAUUUACAUACUGUUUCUGUAUACAGUGGUAUAAAAUCAAUGGAACACUACCAUUAUGUACAUAAUUACUACAGAACUAAAAAAAACACUAUUUCAUUGAUAGUAAAAUGGAAACAGCAUUGUUACAAAAUGUCCAUAAAUGAAUGGUUUUUGCUAAGAUACAUUUUGGAAGGCAUGUUGCAUUCCUAAUUCACAGCAUAUUUGGCAUAUAUGGAAUUAGUCAUUGGAUUUCACACUAAGAAAACACUCUCUAAAAAUAUAUGUAUAUCAUUAUGAAUGUCCCAACUUAAAGUACUAUGUUUCAGUAUACUACAAAAUUAUUAAGGCACGUGAAUGCAAUAAGGGAUUAAAUUGUCCCAUAAAUUUAAUUUUUAUACUUAAAAUUAAUGCAUGGUAGUGCACUUUAGUGAUCCUAAGGAAAGUUCGGUAAAAGACUGUAGGUUAAUUUUUGUUGUUAUACAUGUUAAAGCACUGGCACUUU